UCGUUAUCCACUCGUCCAACAAAUCGAGUGCACCUCACUUUUCAGUCGCAGUUGAAAAAAUACAAAUAUGGCUUCGCUACCAAAUCCAAUUCAAGUAUCUGGCAAACACAAUGCAAUAUUCGAGGCCUACUACAAACAGAUUGACCCGAAGGGCACGGGUGCCAUUGAAGCAAUGACUGCUGCUAAGUUCUUGAAAAAAUCUGGACUUAGCGAUGUAGUUCUAAGUAGAAUUUGGGAUUUAUCCGAUCCCAAUGGGAGGGGAUUUCUGGAUAAGCCUGGUUUCUUUGUUUCAUUGAAAUUGGUCUCAUUGGCACAGGCUGGCCUGACAAUCAACAUGAGUAAUAUAUUCGCAGAGACGGCAAAUCCUCCAAAAGUUGGUGACCUUCCCAAGAUUGUACCACAGAGGAUUCAGCCAGUUCCAGCAGCCAAUACUGAUUGGUCAAUGAAAGUUAUCGAUCGUUUGAAAUAUGAACAACUCUUUGAAUCAUUGAAUCCCGUCAAUGGUUUUCUCGCAGGAAAUAAAGUCAAAGGCGUUCUAAUGGAUUCUAAACUACCAAUGGAAACUUUGGGUAAAAUUUGGGACUUGGCUGAUCAGGAUAAAGAUGGAAACCUAGAUAAGCACGAAUUCAUAGUUGCCAUGCAUCUAGUCUAUCAGGCAUUGGAAAAACGUGCCGUACCCAAUGUACUGCCACCAGAACUGCAAAUGCGAAAACCCGGAGCUCCACCACCAAUACCAGCUCAGCCAGUUAAACCACCUCCACCAGCUGUAGCUGCAAUGCCUCGCGCUCCAAGUGGUGAAGGAUUUGGCGAUGGUGGAUUUGUUGCAAACUUUCCAACUGACAUAGCACCGCCACCAGUGCCACCACUACCGGUCGCUGUACCACCAAUGCAACGUGUUCCACCACCAAUCAUCCCAAUGCAACCACUCAUCUCAACUGAUCCUCUGAUUCCAAUUGGCGCUCCAGCACCAAUUGCUGCAGCUUCCGAUUGGGUUGUAGUACCAUCUGAGCUAAAGAGAUUCGAGAUUAUCUUCCGUGAUUCGGACAAAGAUCGAGAUGGAUUAGUUUCUGGUUUGGAAGUGAAGAAUGUAUUUUUGCAAUCAGGAGUUCCACAAAAUUGUCUUGCUCAUAUUUGGGCUCUUUGUGAUACCAAUCAAUCGGGAAAACUUACUCUUGAGCAAUUUGCUUUAGCCAUGUGGAUGGUUGAGCGCAAGCAGAAAGGAAUUGAACCACCACAAGUACUGACAGCCAACAUGGUGCCACCUUCAAUGCGUGGAAUUGUUCAAGGUGUUGACAUUACUCCACAGGAACCGAAACCAACAUAUUCUAAUCCAGAAUUGGAAAUGAUUUCGAAGGAAAUCGAAGAACUCGCUAAAGAAAGACGAGCUCUUGAAACUGAGAUUGCCCAAAAAGAAGCCGAUAUUCGUAUCAAAUCUGGAGAAGUUCGUAGCUUACAGAGCGAACUUGAUACUCUUACAGCAACUUUGAAGCAAUUGGAAAAUCAAAGAGGUGAAGCUCAAAAGCGUUUGGAUGAUCUUAAAGCUCAGGAAUCAGAAUAUGAAGAAGCCAUUACUAGUGUUAAUUUAGAAAUAUCCGAAGUACAUAAUCAGGUCAAUAAAGUUCGUGAACAAUGCUCGAAACAAGAAGAAACAAUCAACGAACAAGAAGGCGAAUUGAACUCGAAACGUUCUGAAUUGCAAAAACUCAAAGAUGAAGAAGCUUCCCUUGAAAAAGAUUAUGAAGAAAAUCGCAAAGAAUUGGAUAAUCUAUCGAGAAAUCUACAAGAUACUCAACUUCAAAUUAGUCAAGUUCGUUCAAUGGUUACCCAACUAUUAGAAUCCCAACGUGAAAUGACCGAUGCCCUGAUUAUGUGCAAGGCAGCCAUUGAAGCAAAUCAAACUGAAUUAGUUACUGAAUAUCAAUUAAAGAUCGAAGGAGAUCUUACAGAAGCAAAACAAGUUUUGGAAAAGAAAAUCACCCAUGAACCCAAAGCCGAUGAUCCAUUCCAAGAGAAGACCAAUGGAUUUGGAAAGACAGAUGGAUUUUCCGCGAAUGGGUUUGCUGCAGAUCCAUUUACAUCUAGCACAAAUGGCACCAGAGCCACUGGUGGCUUUGAUGAUAGCAGCUUCAAUGCUGGUGGAUUUGAUGAUUCAUUUAGUAGCUCUGGAUUUGGGGCAGCUAAACAAAGAGAUCCAUUUGGAGCUGCUGGCGCUGCUGAUCCAUUUGGUGAUAAAAAAUCAACUGCUGUUACACCUGAGCCUGGAAAAGAUGACUUUGGAAGUGAUCCAUUUGCUGCCCUACAUGCACCAACCGGUCAAGGACAAGUACUCAGUCCAAAUGCCCAGCGUUCUGGUCCACCGCCAAGGCCAGAAUCCCCAAGUCCUGCAUUACCACCAAAGAAAUCCAAGCAACCGCCACCAAGACCAGCACCACCACGUCCUGUUACAGGUCCUCCACGUCCAUCUCAACCAGCUGGUGAUGCCUUCGGACCACCAUCGGGCGGCGGUGGUGGUUUCGCUGAUUUUGCUGAUUUCGACAAUAAGCAACCCUCAAUCCCUCCACCACAACCACCAAUUACAGUAAAUAUUUCUUCUACUACUUCAACUUCAUUAUUCCAACAACCACCACCACCACUACCACCACAACAACAACCACCACCUCCACCACUUUCAACUACCCCCAAUCAGUUCUCAGCAAUUCCUGUUGCUGCUGCUCCUGCUGUCAUCAAUCUAAAAGGUCCAGCUGAUUUUGUUGAUGAUCCAUUCAAGGAUUAUCGCUAUGAAGAUCCUUUCAGCAUAAAAGAUCCCUUCGCCGAUGAAGAAUUUAUUGAACAAAAUAGUUCUGAAGAUGAAACUAAGAAAAAAAUUGGAACUGCAAAAACCAUCUCAGCAUCACCACUUUCGAAUAUUUUCAGCAAUGAUCCAAUUGCUAAAUCAGCAGCAUCAAAAACAAACAGUUUUGAAUUUCUCGACAAUUUCGAUGCAUUUAAUGCAAAUCCUAGUCCUGUGCCAUCUUUGUCUCUUUCAGGAGCCAACAAAUCAUCGGCCCGCAACACUCCAUUCGAUAAUUUUGCUAAUUUCGAUGCAUUCUCCACAGUACCACCAACGCAACCAUCAUCAUCACAAUCAACUUCACAAGAAACAACAACAACUACAAACACUACAGCAACGACAGACUUCUUUGAUGCCUUUGAUGAUAACUUUAAAGAUGUUGGCAAUAACAAUAAUGCUCCUACUACUGUGACUACCACAUCUGCCUUCGAUGCAUUUGGCGACAACACCACCUCGAAGGCAUUUAGUACUAACAAUACUCUGACUGAUAACGCAUUCGGUGGUUCCUCUUCGACAAUGAAUAAAGUUACAAAGACUUCGGAUAUCAAAGUCUUUGACGAUGUCUUUAAUGAUAAUGCCUUUGAAGAUGAUUUCUUCAAAAUGAAUCUAAAUGAUAAUAACAAUGUUGUAGUUGCUCCAGCUAUUAUCACAAAUGAUUUUUCAAAAUCAACAUCAGCAACAACAUCAACCUCAACAUCGUCGUCAAUUGCAGCGAAUAAUGGUAACUUUGCAAAAUUUGAUCUUUUCGCUGAGUUAUCAGAUAGUAGCAGCAAUGAAUUUGCUACUGCUUUGAAUAAUUCGAAAAAUCUCAAUGUUUCACAAUCGAAAAUUCAAAAGAAGAUUAAUCUCGGAAAAACUAACAAUAUUAAUGAAGCUGGGAGUGGUAAUGGAGGUGGAGCGAAAGUUGCUGAGAAAUUCGCAGGCGACUAUUCAAACCCGGAUUCAUUUGAUGCGGAUUUAGAGGAGGCUCUUAAGCGAAGCAUGGCUGAGAAGUAGAUAGAUAUAAAAGAUAAAUGAAUCGUAUAAUAUAUUUUUUUAGUUAUUUAAAAAAAAACCAGAAGAAUAGAAAUUAUUUAUCAACUCUCGUUCCAAUCAUACCAGUGGUUUGCAGAUCCUGUGUUGUGUAGC